GUCCAUCUCUAUAACAUUUGAGCUGUUUACACCGGCAUUUCAGCGCCUUUUUGUUGUGGAUUGUGAAUUAACAAAGAAAAAAGACAAAAUGUCUCUGCAACAAGCGCUUGAUGAUUGCUUAAUCGACUUUGAUAGACGUGUGCUGGUCACUGAUUUAUUGGAAAAGUACAAAUUAACAUAUAAAGAAGCUCACGAAGCGCUAGAGGCGCACAUUAAAGAGCAGGAACGCGCCAGUGCCAACAAAUAUGAGAAACGCUUUCUUGUGCAUGGCAUGAAAGCAAAUGGAGAUGGAGAGCUGUAUACGAUUGUGCAAGGUGAAGAUAAGUUAAGGGAAUGGCUAAGCAAAUUGGAAAAGUCGCAAUCGCAGCUGUAUUCUGUGGAGAUUGCUGGUGGCUCCAAAAGUGCUGCGCCCAUUUUCAAGCCAAUGCAGCACGUGGAAGUAAAGUUGGCAAAGUUGGAGCAACGGGCAGGCGCCACACCAAAACCAGUGGUCAACGGUGAACAGAAGCCCCUAAACGGCAAUGCAGAGACUGCGAAACCCACAAGCAUCAAGGUGGAGGCGUCAAAAACCUCUAGCAGUAAAAACAACGGAGAAUACAGCGCCACAGAGCAACUGAAGAAAGAAUCGCCGACCGAUCAGAAAGGUAAAGGAAAAGCAACAGCUGCUGCCACGAAAAAAGGCAGCAUCAACAGCUUCUUCAGCACAGCUCCUGCAGGCAAAGCACAGCCGCCUAAGGAGACCAAAGCCGCGGCAGCCAAAACCGCCGCCGGCAGCAUGGAGAACUUCUUUAAGAAACAACCCACGUCCACCGCCAGCCAGUCGAAAAAGUCGCCCACGGAAAGCGUGAAAAAAGAUUCAACAGCUGCUGCCAACACCUCGGUGCAGCUGUUUGAGGCAGAGAGUGAAGCCUCCUCCGAUGAGGAGGAAAAAUUAGAUAAGCUGCGACGCAAGGUUGUUGGCUCUGGCGAUGAGUCAGACGAGGUGGAUGCCAAGCCAUCAAGUAGCAAGCGUCGUCGCAUUUCGGACUCGGAGGAUGAGGAGCAGCCGCAAAAGAAAUCAGCAGAGCCACAGCCAAAACAGCAGGAGGAGAGAGAAAAAGAGGAGGCAAUGGAUGUGGAAGCGGCCACUAAUGAAACAUUUCUGGAUGAUGAUGGCUUUGUUAUAACUGUAAGACCCAAGAAACAAACGCAGGCGGCCAAGAAAAAGACUUCGCCGACCACUGCAGCCGCCUCUGCGCCGACUUCAAAGAAAAAAACGCCGCCAGCUGCAAGAAAAAGCGCAAAGGAGACGCCUAAAACAAAGCAAUCUAACAUCAGCAGCUUCUUUACCAAAAAAUGAUCGAGUCGGAGCUAGUUUUGUGGCUUUUUUUUAAGUAUUAAAAUUCUCUGCACUUUUAAUAAGAAAUUGUGAAAUUUGCAAAUAUUUUGUAUAAUUAUUCAGCAAAUUAUUGUUACACAUAUAUCACAUUCUUUUCCUUUACAAAUUGUUUUCAUAAUUUUUUGGCACUGCACAAGUAAGAAAUCUCUGAAGUAUUGUAUAUCUCAAUAAUAUCACAAAUUAUUAUUAAACAAAUAUUCGAAUCAAGAUUGACUUUGUACAUGAUACAAAAUGGAAAACGUAUUGAAGGAGUUUUUUGGACCGCUUUUGACCGAUUAUAAAAUAUAAUUGCUGCCGAUUUGCAUUAUAA